AAAUAUCAGGAGCAGAGAGACAAUGGAGGAGAGCACGGUGCAGACACACUGCUGAAAGACUUAUCUGUCUGUUACUCACUGUGCAGGCUUAUCCCUAACAGCGGAGAUUACAAACAUUUUGGACAGUCUUUUUCUCCGCUUUUUCAACUGUUUAUUCCGGGGAGAGGUUGCAUUCGGAGAGCUGCAACUUAUAAGAGGUCAUCAUGCCUCCCACAACCCCAUACGCCGGAAAGUUUGGCUCUUGCGUAGCUUACGGCAACAACAACAAUAACCAUCCUCAGCCUCACAGCCCGUACCGCAACGGCACCGGCCCAAACCCCUCCAAGGAGAACGUCUACAACGGUGCCUACGUCUCCGCAGAGAACCCCUACGACAUCCCGCAGCCUCAAAGCUCGUGUCGCAGCUCCUCCGUGUCCUCCAUGACCACCAAGGAGCAUCGCUACAACAGCAGCUGCGCCGUUUCGGAGAACCCGUACACCUCGCCGCAGCCUCGUAGCCCCCGGCAGCACAGCACUUCCUGUCCCGGACGCGCUUACCGCCACACGACCGCCACCACUAGCAGUAGCAGUGGAGGUAGCAGCGAACAAUCUUCACGCAGCAACUCUGUGGCAGCCAAAGGAAGACGCUUCGGACACGGAGUCACCGCCAGCUACGGGGAGAUGUGUUACCAUGACAACAGCUUGGUCUCAGCAUCACUUGAGGCGUUGAUCCAGCACCUGGUUCCCACGGUAGAUUACUACCCUGAUAGGUCGUAUGUUUUCACCUUCCUGCUGAGUUCACGCCUCUUCCUGCACCCCUAUGAGCUCAUGACGAAGGUUUGCCACCUGUGCGUGGAGCAGCAGCGGUCUGGAGACGCCCUGCUGGAUAAGAUCCGUUUCCGUGAGGUGGCGCCAAAGCUGGUGCAGCUGCUGACCGAAUGGACCGAGACGUUCCCGUACGACUUCAGAGACGACAGGAUGAUGCGCUGCCUCAAGGACAUGACGCAACACGUGGCCCGAGGGGAUGAGUACUCGUGGCGGGCCAUGCAGCAGAUGACCCAGCGGCUGAUCAAGCGCCUCUCGGCCCUCGGACAGUACGAGGAGGCCGUGGCUGCGCUCAGUGCCGUGGCGUUGGAGCGACCCGCCUCCCUGAAAACCAAACAGGCCUCGGGUCAGCGCUGCGACGUAAUGAGUGUGUGUGACGACCCCUUCAUCAUCGCACAGCAGCUCACACACAUCGAACUGGACAGACUGAGUUUUAUCGGCCCGGAGGAGUUCAUCCAGACAUUCGCCAUGAAGGAUCCUCUGGACAACCAUAAGGGUUUCUUCCGGAAGCGUAAAACCAGUAACCUGGAGGCCUACAUCAACUGGUUCAACAGACUGAGCUACCUGGUGGCCACUGAGAUCUGCAUGCCAGUGAAGAAGAAACACAGAGCUCGGAUCAUAGAGUUCUUCAUUGAUGUGGCUCAGGAGUGUUUCAACAUCGGCAACUUCAACUCCCUCAUGGCCAUCAUCACUGGGAUGAACAUGAGUCCUGUUGCCAGACUGAGGAAAACCUGGGGUAAAGUCAACACCGACAAGUUCGAAAUCCUUGAGCACCAGAUGGAUCCCUCCAGUAACUUCAGUAACUACCGCACUGCGCUCCGUGGCGCCACCCAGAGGUCUGAGACCGCCCACAGCAGCCAGGAGAAGAUUGUUAUUCCCUUCUUCAGUCUCCUUAUUAAAGACAUCUACUUCCUGAACGAAGGGUGUGCCAGCCGGCUGACCAACGGGCACAUCAACUUUGAGAAACUUUGGGAGCUUGCAAAGCAGGUGAGCGAGUUCCUGGUUUGGCGUCAGGUGAUCUGUCCGUUCGACAGAGACCGCCGCAUCCUCCAGUACCUCGUCACGACGCCCGUCUACACCGAGGACGAGCUCCACCUGGCUUCAUAUGAGACUGAAGGACCCGAGAACAACAUGGAGAAGGACAGUCGGAGGUCUCUCAGAUCUUCCCUUUCGCAUCGGGAGAACCGCUCCUAAGAAAAGACAAUCAAUGGAACAAUGAAAAUGAACGAGGUAUUUUAAAGCUACAUGUUCCUCCGUAUUAUCUUAUGAACACCUAUUUUUCUCUACACUCCCCUGGAAAACAAACACAAGGAGCAUCAUAAAGGAUUUAAAAAUCAUGAACUGUAACACUCCAUGAUGAAUCCGGCGCAGGCGUACCUUGAUGAUGCAGUUAUUGAACCUGGAAGAGCUCAGAGUACAGACAUCAUCUCUGUCCAAGGCACUUGGAUUCGCAGAAGCGUGGAUUUUGAAAUCUCCAGUGGACCUCCAUCGUGGCAACUAUUGUGGGAAGGCUCUAAUAUGGAAGCUGAAAGGGCUGAUCAGUCUCUAAAUGGGACGGAUAUAUGGACCCUGAUUGGUUAUAUUAUUGCAACACUAGCACUGCUUCUCUGCGGCACAUCCUGGCGAGAUAUGCACUCCGUAUCGACUUGUAUUAUAAGUGACAGACUAACAACUGCUUUUAGAAGUGCUGCUGUGUUGUUGAGUGCUUGAUAGUGAUGGGUAUACAUUGUGAGCAACACCACACAAUCUAUUUCCUCUCAGCUUACACACAGCAAAAGUCUCCGGGUCAUUGAAUCCUUUUGAUCUAAUUUAAAAAGCGUAAACAUCAGCUACGUACUCCUUAAAGCAUUUUACAGCCGCUAUUGGGUUCUUAACAUUUUGUGACGUGUGCACUUUGGUGACGCAAUAUUGUGCUAAUCAUGCAAGGUAAAUCAAAUGCACUUCAAUGGGUUCUUGUGUAUUGUAAUAUAGGAUUUGGUGACUCCUAUUUUGAGGCGUCUUUCUAUACAGUAUUAACUUUAACAUUUUGUACAGAAGGUAAACAAAGUGUAUGUACUUUCUUAGUGAGCUUGUUGCUGGUUGGCUGGCUCUGUGUUGGUAAGCUAUUUUUGUUAAUACAACACCAGAUCAAGAGUGAUAAAGAAGUGUUUUGAGACUGACGCUCAAGCUGGUGUGUGUGUGUGUGUGUGUGUGUGUGUGUGUGUGUGUGUGUGUGUGUGUGUGUGUGUGUGUGUGGUUUAUCUGGAUGAUGGAAUCCCUCAGAAAUCUGCCUGUUUGAACGUGAGGCUUUUGUUUUGUUGUUUUUUUUCUAUUAAAAAAGCUCAUUUUAUAAGUGUUUUUAUCUCAUGUAUGCUUUUUUAUGUAUUGUUUGUGUUGCCGGUACUUGUACUGAAGGUCUUUGUGAAAAAAAGAAUUCUAUUUUUCCCUCAAAUAAACAGA